CUAGGCGAGGAGGCGGGUAACCAUCUCAACCGUGACGCUUCAUCUUUGAAAAGCCUGUGUGUCGAGUAACGUCUACGCUUUACUUCCCGAGUUAAAUGACCGCCUUAGAUGUAAAUAACCGGCGUCAAAUCUAGUGUGACAGCUCUCAGGUGUCAUCUAUGAUGGAAAACUCCACUGACGACUACAGGAUCCAGUCGUUUGACCUGGACACACAGAUGUUGCUGAAAACAGCCUUGAAAGAUCCAAGUUCAGUCAACCUGGAGAAAGUUUCUAAUGUCAUCAUGGACCAGUCUUUAAAAGAUCAAGUGUUCAGCAAAGAGGCUGGACGCAUCUGCUACACCAUUGUGCAGGCCGAGGCCAAGCAGAACAACGGAAACGUGUUCAGGAGGAACUUGUUGAAUCGGCUCCAGCAGGAGUUCAAGGACCGCGAGGAGACGAGAGAGCGCUCGCUGCAGGAGUGGGUCUGCUAUGUGACGUUCAUCUGCAACAUCUUCGACUACCUCAAAGUGAACAACAUGCCGAUGGUGGCUCUGGUCCAUCCUGUGUUUGACUGUCUGAUGAGGCUGGCCCAACCGGAUGCUCUAAUGAAUGAGGAGGAGGUGGACUGCCUGGUGCUGCAGCUUCAUCGCAUCGGCGAGCAGCUGGAGAAGGUGAACAGCCAGCGGAUGGACGAGCUGUUCUUCCUGCUGCGGGACGGCUUCCUGCUCCAGGAGGGUCUGCCCUCCAUGGCCCGUCUGCUGCUGCUGGAGAUUCUGGAGUUCAGGGCUGGAGGCUGGUUGCUCAGCAGCACCGCCCACAAGUACUACUACAGUGAAAUUGCGGACUAGGGUCGUUGCAAGGACAAGGGUGCUGACCGGUCGUUUUUGCAGGUGUGUUAGCCAACGUGUGAGCACCUUGGAUACCUCUCCUUAGUCACCACUGAUUAUAAAACCAGCAACAUCCUCUAGGAAAUCAGUUUUGUGAAGAGUGCGGUUCAAAAACUGUAAAAAAGACUUUUUGAUUUUUGCUGGAUUGUUCCCUGCGUUUGAUAAUGUUACUAAGACAUGGUGCCGUGGAUGUGGAAUGUGCAAUAGUUGAAGUUAACGAGGUUUACCCACAUUCAGGUACACUUUGUUUAAAGUUCGAUCACAGCUGAAGAAGCUGAAGAAGUUUUUAUGUUGUUGUUGUUUUUUUUUGUUUUUUUAAUCUUGCAGGCAUUCCUGUUUUGAGAAAACAUUUCAAAGUCCAACUUAUUUUUUACCAAAUCCAAAGGGCUUGAACAGACAUUCCAGUCAGAUGCAAGCUGAUUUGGUCUUUGCUUUAACUUUUAUUGUUGUGUGACCAACUUUUAAUUUAAUAUUUUAGCACAGAAUUAAAAUUUUUACAAAAAGUUUGAAUUGCAUUUCAGAGGAAUGUUCUGCCUAAUCUGUCCCGUGGAUCCUGUGUUACUGUUUUUGUCACAUCUCGUUAUAUGAGGCCGUUUGUUCAGAUGAAGCAUUGUGUCUUAAUUCAGGGAUGUUCUUUUUAUUUUAUUUUUUAUAUAUUUUUUUUGUUACAGCUCAACUUAUAAAUAAAAGACCAGUUACAGUUCAUAUUUAAACUGUGUUUCUAUAAAUAAAACAGUCGGAUAUUUAAAUAAAUUUAAAGUUGUGCCAAUGUAACAAGAAAAGCAUCAUCCAACAUAGGAGAUGUGACAAAACUUGGUGCCGGAGGACAGUGGUGGAAAAAGUACUUGGAUGAUUUACUUGACAAAAAAAGUAGCAUGAAAUACUACUUAAAAUAAAAUGUAUUAGUAUUGGCAUGAAAAUAUAUUUGAAGUGCAACCCAUUUCAGAAUAAUAUAUAUUGUUAUUGGAAUAUGUUUGUUGAUGUAUUAACUUCUAAAGUAGCAGGAAACAGUACUUCCUCCACCACUGCUGGUAGUUUUCCUCCCCUCACAUAUACGUAGGUCAGUCACGAGUAUAAAGCUAGCAGACAAGUAUUUCCCUUUUCCACCAGCAUUCCCGACAAGCACUCUGUAGCUGAGCUCAGUUUUUAUGUUGUUACCUUUGUCGAUACUCAUUGACGGCUUUACGGUCUUCAACCAAAGCUGUGCCUUUUUGAAUCAGACAGACAUGAGCAUAGGACACACGUCAUGCGGUUAAGAAAAAAAAAAACCUUUUUGAAAUGUCAUUUUUGAAAA